AUGCGCCUAAUCACCAGGCCCGAAAUUGGCCCUCUGGUCGGAGGAUUCAUCAACCAGUACACCAGCUGGCGAUGGACGUUUUACGUGAUGCUGAUCUGGGCGGGCGCGCAGCUGGCCGCCAUCGUCUUCUUCGUCCCCGAGACGUACCACCCGGUGCUGCUCCGCCGCAAGGCGCGGAAGCUGCGAGCCGAGACGGGCGAGGAGGCGUGGAAGGCCCCGAUCGAGACGCUGGACAAGUCGGUCAGCCAGACGCUGCUCUGGUCGUGCGUGCGGCCAUUCCAGUUGCUCGUAUUCGAACCGAUGUGCCUCAAUCUAUGCAUCCUCUCCUCGAUCCUGCUAGGCAUCCUAUACCUAUUCUUCGGGGCCUUCCCCCUUGUCUUCCAGAACAAUCACGGCUUCACGCUCUCGCAGGUCGGCUUGGCCUUCAUGGGACUGUUCGUGGGCAUGAUCCUGGGCAUCUGUACGGACCCGCUGUGGCGGAGGAAUUACGCGCGGCUCGUGCAGAGACGGGAGGCACAAGGGGGCGAGCCCGGGGGCGCAGAGCCGGAGUAUCGAUUGCCGCCGACGGUUGCGGGCGCGGUUAUCGUGCCAAUCGCCCUAUUCGGGUUUGGCUGGACGACGUACUCGAGCGUGCACUGGAUAGUACCAAUAAUGUUCUCGACACUAUUCGGCAUCGGAGUCAUCUGCGUCUACUCAGGGGUAUUCACGUUCCUCGUGGACUGUUACCCAUUGUAUGCAGCCAGCGCAUUGGCGGCCAACAGCUUCGCGCGGUCGUCCUUCGCCGCGGCGUUCCCGCUGUUCGGAGUGCAAAUGUACAACCGACUGGGCUACCAGUGGGCAACGUCGUUGCUGGCCUUCUUGGCCCUCGCCAUGGCACCGUUUCCUUACUUUUUCUAUCGGUACGGCAAGCGGCUCAGGGGCAGGAGUCGCUUUGCAUCCGCGUAG